AUGUCCACCCCUCCGUUGGCUGCGUCAGGGAUGGCGCCCGGGCCCUUCGCAGGGCCCCAGGCCCAGCAGGCGGCCCGGGAGGUCAACACCGCAUCGCUCUGCCGGAUCGGGCAGGAGACGGUCCAGGACAUCGUGUACCGCACCAUGGAGAUCUUCCAGCUCCUGAGAAACAUGCAGCUGCCAAACGGUGUCACUUACCAUACUGGAACAUAUCAAGACCGGUUAGCAAAGCUGCAGGAUCAUCUUCGCCAACUCUCUAUUCUCUUCAGGAAGCUGAGAUUGGUCUAUGAUAAAUGCAAUGAAAACUGCGGAGGGAUGGAUCCCAUUCCAGUAGAGCAACUUAUUCCGUAUGUGGAAGACGAUGGCUCAAAGAAUGAUGACCGGGCUGGCCCACCUCGUUUUGCUAGUGAAGAGAGGCGAGAAAUUGCUGAAGUCAAUAAAAAACUCAAACAGAAGAAUCAACAGCUGAAGCAAAUUAUGGAUCAAUUACGAAAUCUCAUCUGGGAUAUAAAUGCCAUGUUAGCAAUGAGGAACUAA